AUGAACACCGCCGCCACGGACAAUAACCAGGGUUUUGGAUUGUUGACAUCGUCAUCGCGAAGCCUCAGGCACCAAGAUAACGAUAACAACCGACGCCAAUUUCACCGUCAGCUCAACUCUGCAACCAACGCCAGGCCCUGUGGCAUAUUCAAUUCGGUUUCUACAGUCACCCCGAACCACCGCGUUAUCAAUCCUAUGCAGACGCCCCGUACAUCACCUCCCUCAACCCCAUCAUGGCCGGCUCCGUCCCCCGUCACCGUCUUCCUGCGCAACAUCCAGCUACUACAACUUGACCAGCGACCAAACUGGCCCGGCCUUUCUCGCAAACUCUUUUCCGGUGGGCAAAAAGUGCAGACUCAACGAGUAAAGAGUGUGGAAUGGGCAUUGUACCAUUUAUUUCUGCUAUGGGAUCCGUCCGAGGCGAAGAAUAAACUUCGACCCUUUUUCCCGCCCUUAGAGCCUCUACAAUCGGUCAACCUACGCGCCGCUCUAUUCCGGGCAUUAUCCGAUCUCAAGAAAAAUGGCGAUUUGGGACGAGACACAAUACUACGCAAGACGAUGCUGGACGACUGCAAAGGGGCGAAAUUCGAGGAAGUUCUAGCCGUGUUUUCAACCGCGGUUCUGCAAAAGGUCGUAUGCGAAAAUAAUCCCUCGGAGCUCGGGGUUCGCCUAGCUCUGGCUAGAAGUAUAUCUGAGAAUGAAGUGGAGGGAAAACUGGUUCCGUUGAUAAUAGCCCAUCACGCUGCGUUGAGCGCUGCUAGGAGGGAUAAUGGUAGGAUACGAGAAGGUCAUGAACAGUUUGUGAAGCUGCUUGAUGAGAAAGCGAAAGAAUUGGCGGCGCGUUCAAGCAAUAAGUUGCAGGUCACAGACGAUUUUCCGGAGUCUGAGAGACUAGUGCGCGAUGUCAAGGCUAACUGGCUCGGGGGUCAAAAUGUGGCCGAUUUCUUGUUUAAUGGCGGCUCGUCUGUCGAGAAGGAUGCUUUCUUGGAGUUGCCAUUUGAGAAAGCAUGGAAUCAUGCGAGAAAAGGACAUAUUGAGCAAUUACGUCGUCCGUCACAUAUGGAUUUGCUUGAGGAUAUGGAACGGGUUUCUUCAAAGCAGCGAGCUCGGUUACAACGCUUGAGAGACGUGAAGAAAUCAUUAUCACAGGCCAAGCGAGGAAGCAGGACGGCCACGAUGACCAACUCGCAGUACAAGGAUCGAGGUCUUACUUUCAGAGACCACCAAACACUGACGGUAGCAGGCAUCUCAAAAUCACUACGAGAGACUGCGGAGCCUCGUGAUUUGUUUGUUGAGCAUCAAGCAAUUAUCGAUUCCUUGAGAAGUACCUUGUCUGAAGUUAAGGGCAUACAGACGGAACAUUUUUCGCACAGUCCCAACGUAGAGCCACCGCCAUCAAAUCGAUUAUCGCCCAUACCAGACACCGAGAGUUUCGCCCCCUCUUCGUCCCCGUCGCCCAGUGUUCAAGUCACCGACUACGAGAAUAAGCACCACGCCAGUGGGCACUCCCCUAACGACCCAGAUGAUCUCUCCUCAGUUAUAGACGGUAAACCAGUGACAACGCUCUCCCACCCUCGAUUCGAGCCCCGUCCGUCGUCUCUAGUCGAACGAACAAGACAGUCUAUGUCUCUACUACCGCCGCCAUCAAGCACUCGUUCGCGACAAUCUCUGGCUGCACGACGCGAAACGAGACAAUCGCAAGUGUUCCCUAUCAAUCAAUUCGAGACCCCGCCCAAGGAAGUGCCGGAGCCGUCUCGCUCAGGAGCGUCUACGCCACGGGACGAGCUUUUCACUGAGGAAGCGGAGUAUGCUAGUAUCUUUAAGAGUCGGCCGCGGGUUGCGCAUAGUCCUUUGAUGUCCCCGGCUGUUCAUGUAGGGUUUGAUGUUGAUGAUGACGACGAUGCGGAUGGAUAUGUUGACGAUAGUCAGAGCGUGCUCGAUCUGGCUAUUGCCGGCUCGCCGUUGGCGAUGAAGAAGAGAUGA